GCAGGCCACUUCCGGCGUAGCCAUGGCGGCUAACGCUACUACUAACCCGUCGCAGCUGCUUCCUCUAGAGCUUGUGGACAAAUGUAUAGGAUCAAGAAUUCACAUUGUGAUGAAAAGUGAUAAAGAAAUUGUUGGUACGCUUCUAGGAUUUGAUGAUUUUGUCAAUAUGGUAUUGGAAGAUGUCACUGAGUUUGAAAUCACACCAGAAGGAAGAAGAAUUACUAAGUUAGAUCAGAUUCUGCUAAAUGGAAAUAAUAUAACAAUGCUGGUUCCUGGAGGAGAAGGACCUGAAGUAUGAAUGGAUUUCCUUGACUUAUGCUAGAUUCUGUUUUGUCUUAUGAUGACAACAAAAUAGAAAAUUUGUUUUAACCUUUUAAUGUUUGGAUUCUGUGCAGCUGAGUUUCCUGUUAAAGGGAAAUGUUUUGAAGAUGCAUUGUAAAUGCCCAUUUUUGUAAGUUAAUCAUGAUUAUCUCAGAAAAAGAGCAGUGUGGUCUCUUACAGACUAAAAUAAAGGUGUUUUUGGUUAA